AUGUCUGACGAAGUUAAUCAAGCUGCUGAACAACUCCAAAAAACUUAUUUGGAUGAAGUUACCGGUGAACAAGUCUCCAAGACUGAAUUAAAGAAGAGACAAAAGGCAAGAGCUGUUGAAGCCAAAAAGGCUGAAAAGGCUGCCAAAGCAGCUGCUUCUGCUCCAAAAGUUGCCAAAAAGAAGGGUGACGAAAUGGCUGAUUUAAAUCCAAACCAAUAUUUCGAAAUUAGAUCUCGUCAAAUUAAUGAAUUAAGAGAAGCUAAUCAUGCUGAUCCAAAAGCUUUUAAUCCAUAUCCUCAUAAAUUUAAUGUUUCGAUUAAGAUUCCAGAUUUUGUUGAAAAAUAUAGUCACUUACAAAGAGGUGAAACUUUAAAGGAUGUCACUGUCAGUGUCAGUGGUAGAAUUAUGGGUAAGAGAGAAGCUGGUUCUAAAUUGAAAUUUUAUGUCUUGAAAGGUGAUGCUGUUGAAGUUCAAAUUAUGGCUCAAGCUCAAGAUGCCGAAUCUGUUGAAGCUUUUGAAAAAAUGCAUGAAUAUUUAAGAAGAGGUGAUAUCAUUGGUGUUACUGGUUAUCCAGGUAAGACUGCUCCUGCUAAAGGUGGUGAUGGUGAACUUUCCGUUUUCGCCACUUCUGUUCAAUUAUUAACCCCAUGUUUACAUAUGUUACCAACUGAGCAUUAUGGUUUCAAGGAUCAAGAAGCUAGAUACAGAAAGCGUUAUUUGGAUUUAAUUAUGAACAAUUCUACUAGAGACCGUUUCAAGGUUAGAUCAAAGAUUAUUUCUUACAUUAGAAGAUUCUUUGAUGAAAGAGAUUUUAUUGAAGUUGAAACCCCAAUCUUGAAUGUUAUUGCUGGUGGUGCCACUGCCAAACCAUUCUUGACUCAUCAUAAUGAUUUAAAUAUGGAAAUGUUUAUGAGAAUUGCCCCAGAAUUAUUCUUGAAGGAAUUAGUUGUUGGUGGUAUGGAAAGAGUUUAUGAAAUUGGUCGUCAAUUCAGAAAUGAAGGUAUUGAUAUGACUCAUAACCCUGAAUUCACCACUUGUGAAUUCUAUCAAGCUUAUGCUGAUGUUUAUGAUUUAAUGGAUAUGACUGAAUUAUUAUUCUCAGAAAUGGUUAAAGAAAUUACUGGUGAUUAUGUUAUUAAAUUCCAUCCUGAUGGUCCAGGUGAAGGUGCCAAGGAAUACAGUAUUAACUUCGCUAGACCUUGGAAGAGACUCAAUAUGAUUGAAGAAUUAGAAAAGGUUUAUAAUGUCAAGUUCCCAGCUGGUGAUCAAUUACAUACUGCUGAAACUGGUGAAUUCUUACAAAAGGUCUUAAAAGAUAACAACUUGGAAUGUCCACCUCCAUUAACUAACGCCAGAAUGUUAGACAAAUUAGUUGGUGAAUUAGAAGACUCUUGUAUUAAUCCAACCUUCAUCUUUGGUCAUCCACAAAUGAUGUCUCCAUUAGCCAAAUGGGAUAGAAAUAUCCCAGGUUUAUGUGAAAGAUUCGAAGUUUUCGUAGCCACCAAGGAAAUCUGUAAUGCUUAUACCGAAUUGAAUGAUCCAUUUGAUCAAAGACUUAGAUUUGAAGAACAAGCUAGACAAAAGGCUCAAGGUGAUGACGAAGCUCAAAUGGUUGAUGAAACUUUCUGUAAUGCUUUGGAAUACGGUUUACCACCAACUGGUGGUUGGGGAUGUGGUAUUGAUAGACUUGCUAUGUUCUUGACUGAUUCUAAUACCAUUAGAGAAGUUUUAUUAUUCCCAACCUUAAAGCCAGAUGCUUUGGUCAUUAAGGGUGAAGAAGCUUUCCUUGAUUUACAAAAGGAACAACAACCUCAACAAUAA